AUGGCUUUUAAGGUUAUCGCUACCCUUUCACUUUGCUUCGCACUGGCAGUGGUUAAUGCCUCGCCAUAUGGUCAUCAUGAACAUGGUGGACAUGGAGGACAUGGUGGACAUGGGCAUGGCCACAGUGCUUCCAGUCACGCUUCGGUGCAUUUAGUCUCACAUGACGAUCAUCAUGAUCACCACGGUCAUCAUGGAGGCGGUCACGAGCAUGGUGAUGGCCAUGAUUCACAUGCCGAGUACCAUUUCAACUAUGGUGUUAAGGACAAGAAGACGGGCGAUUUCAAAGGGCAAAGCGAAAAACGUGAUGGCCAUAAAGUAUCCGGACACUACGAGCUGAUUGAUGCCGAUGGUCACAAGAGAACUGUCCACUAUACAGCUGACAAGCAUAGCGGUUUCCAUGCCGUCGUACAUCGUGAACCCACACACCAUCAUGUUGCUGAUCACGGACACACUAGCUACUAUGGCGGUCACGCUGAGGUCAAAUCCCAUGAAGGUGGCGAUGAUGGCGGCCACGGUCAUGGACAUGGAUAUGGUCAUGGACAUGGAUAUGGUCAUGAACACGGUCAUGGCCACCAUUCUAGCGGUUUCUCCAUCAAGCAAGAACAUGGUGUUGCUAUCCAUCAUCACGGUGGCCAUGAUAGUGGUCAUGGCCAUGGUGGUCAUUAAGCUGUUGUUUUCUAUCUAAUAAUGUUAUGGACUGAUACUUGUUGAUUUUUUGUAAAAAGUU